CCAGGCCAUUCCGAUUUAUGUUGUGACAUUAUCGAAUAACUGUAAACUGCGAAGUUAUAUUCGAAUAUUUGCAAACAGUAGCUGCAGUAUACAAUGGAGGUGACGUUUGUUAUUGCCGUGCUGCUCGCCCUGUCAGCGACGACCCUGGGCCAACUAGCUGGCGUCGGCACCGCCGGCAACGCGGUGGUGCAGAACGGGAGCCGGGCGACGCCGGUGGUGGACGCGGCGUGGACGGACCAGAGCGGGACGCUGCGCAGCGACACGCAGCAGUUCGUCAACACGGCCUGCAACGCCUACACCGCCGCGCAGCAGUCCUCCAUCGCCGCCUCCCUCCUCACCAGUCUGGCCGGCCGCUUCACGCGCCACAACUGGAGCGCCAUCGUCGGCACGCCCAACAACUUCGGCUUCCAGACCAACUACGCGGUCGGCUCGAGAUUUAAAGCCGCUUGCAACGGAAACGACUAUUACAUCUGGGGCAACGCCAAGUAAAGGAAAUGGCUUGCCAGAAAUUUACACAAAACCCCAAAUCCUCCGGAAAUAUGGAUCCUUCGCUGAUUAAUACCGAGCCGGCAGUUGUUUUCUCUAUAAAUCAUCGCGGACGCUCUUUAUGGCAAUUGUGCUUUCAUUUUUGUUUUUGUACAUAAAGAAACAUUAAGGAAUCGAAUGUUUCGCUUGUUGUGGAGGCGUACGCGUUAUAAGUGAAAUAAAUAAAAUUAAUCAAGAA